GCGAUGGCACACAGCAUCUUCCCCCCAUAUUUUGGGGCUUGACCAAAAUGGUGUCUUCAAAUGCAAGACUCAAAUCUUGGUCUAUAUAAGACACCAUGCACCUUAUCUAUUCAUAACUCAAAUCGUUGAUGUAAACUUAAAUCCUUCUCUCAUCAUUUCCUGCUUUUGUGCUUUGCAUAGACUUGAGAAUCUGAACUUGUUUUUCGACUAGCAUUAAUAUCGACGACCAGCAUCUAUUUCAAUGGAGAAGACAUCAUCAACAUCCUCUUCACCAUUUCUUGUUUUGAUUGGUACAAUCUUGUUACAAUCUAUUGCUAACUGGUUAGGUAGAAUUCAGGAGCUCUUUUUUAGAUUUCAGUCUUUUCUCCUAUCCCAGUAUACCUGUGAUAACUCAAAGGUUCGGGAUGAGAAGAACUUGGAUUCGGAGUCGAGCCAGCUGCCAAAGGUAUGUAAAAAGAAGGAUGAUGGUAGCUUGAGCAGAGAAGAUGUGAACAUGGUGAUGGGAAACUUGGGAAUUUUUUUCAGUUCAGAAGGGCUACCUGAAUCAUUCUGUUCUGCUGAGCUUUCAGGGCUGUUUGAUGAGAACGAGCCGAGCUUGGAGGAAGUCAAACAAGCUUUUGAUGUGUUUGAUGAGAACAAGGAUGGGUUUAUCGAUGCAAGAGAGUUGCAGAGAGUUCUCUGUAUAUUGGGCUUGAAGGAAGGUUCAAAGCUAGAAGACUGCCAGAAAAUGAUCGAGACAUUUGAUGAAAACAGAGAUGGAAGGAUAGAGUUCUUUGAAUUUGUAAAAUUUAUGGAGGCUAGCUUUUGCUAAACUAUUUUUUUUUCUUCUUUUAAAAUUUAAAGGAACAAUUAUCAUUCCCGCAUACUCCUAUUUAGAGCCGACUCAGAGGUUGUGCAAAGUGUGCGAUGGAACAGGACCCUCAAAUUUAGGGUAUUUGUACUUCUUUGUACAUCUAUAUUAUUUAUAAAAGUGUCCUCACUACUUGAAAGUUUUGUAGUUCA